GUACCACAUAAGGCCACAUCUCAACGAUCACAACCAGGACUUGCAAAUGCACAAUUACGGAUUAGUGAAGGUGGGCCGAACUCCCUCCGUUGGACCUCUCCAUGAAGUUGCUGGUGAAGAGAUUGGACAGCAUCGAGGACUGGGGGAGAAGGCUCGAACCUGCUCCAGAGUACGAGUUCGAGGGUGUGCCGUCUGACUCGUCGGCCAUCCGGCCGUGCAUGCCCGUCAUCACGUGGCCCAGACUGUUGCCAUUGCCUCCCCCGCCCAUGCAGGACAAGAGCCCUGAGAUCAUUCCACUCCCCAUCCCGGAGCUAUUGCCCGACAGAUUGUACCCCGAGGAGUUGAUCACAGCCUGCUGCUGCUGCACGAGGUUCGGGUUGGACGAGCUGAGAUCGAUGGAGUCCAGCUCCCGGUGGCCGUCGACAUCACCCAGAGGCACGGCGGGCGUGUGCCAUUGGAACAGAGCAAUGUGGUCCAGCAGCUUGUCUUUCCGGGAGAAGGUGGUCCCGCACGAGCAUUGCCACUUAUCCCAUUCGCAAUGCUUCUCGUGCGUCUUCAGGUCCUCCACCAGCGAGAAUUUCUUGCUCUUGCACUUCUGGCACGCCAGCAUCUUGGGGCAGUGGGUGCGCCUGUAGUGUCUCUUGACGCCUUGCAUCGUCUUAAAGGGGGCGAAAGAGCGAUGCUUUUUGUUGCGCUUGCAGCCGGCGUAAGGGCACGAGUACCGCCGCUCUUUCACGGCUGCCUGAUCGUGCACUGCUUUGUCGAGCCUGGCCAAGGCAGCAGGAGUUUUGUACUCAUCGGCAUGGCCCCUCAUGUGCAUCCGGAGGUAAGCAUCGCACUUGAAGAUCUUGCCGCAAAUCUCACAGAAAGUAGGGUUCCCUGCUAGAAUCUCAAUGGCGUCCAUCUCGAUGAGCUCGUACUCCGAGGGAUCGAGCUUCUCCCCCUCGCUGUCAUCGUCGUCGUCCCGCGCGCGCCUUCGGCCUCCGUCGUCGUCCAUCUGCGGGGGCCAGUUCGCCAUGGACGAACGGGACGACAAUCUGUGACAGUAAAUUGUAAAAUCUCAUUUCAUAUGUAUACUGACGUGGACCGCAUGGCAAGAACGAUGAAGAAUGAAGAAUGUGAGUCACAUUAUUCGAGUUUGUGAUAUUUAUCCGCUGAGUUCGACUCGUCUUCAGAACAGGGACUGCAUGACAAUGUAUACUCUGGCUGAAUCCAGACACGGACCUUGUCCGCUACCGAUUAUGGACCCAUGAGAUAGUCAACAGCCGAAUGCAUUUCCGAUGACUUCCUC